AUGCCACGUAAAAGGACUCGUACAACCACAAAAGCUUCUUGGACAGUGGAUUCAUUAGAAAAUGCAGUAUCUGUCCUCAAAAGAGGAGGCAUUUCGGUGUACAAAGUAUCUCAACAAACAGGUAUUCCUUACAGCACUCUAAAGAAGAGGUACAAUUUAGCGAAAGCUGGCGAUAGUAGCUACAAACACUCUCCUAAGCUGGGAAGAUCCACUGUAUUUAACGUUGCCCAAGAAGAAAUACUGGCUAACCAUCUUCGGACUAUGUCUAAUAAAUUUUAUGGUUUAACAAGAGAACAGUUUCGCAAAGUAUGUUACAGUGUAGCUAAACAACUAGGUAUUGAGAAACGAUUUAACCAAGACAAUCAAACUGCAGGAAAAGAUUGGCUGGCUGGAUUUUUGCAGCGUCAUCCAGACUUAACUGUGCCUGAGGCUGACGCUCAACAGCAGCCAACUAGUGUCACUCCUAUUCCAUCAACAUCAAAUCAGGCUGAGCAACCACAUGCUAGCCCUGCAACAAGUCCAUCUAUUUUUUGUGAUCUGCAAAUUGAAACGGAAAUUAUUCAAAGGGAAGCUGCUGUAACUCCAGUUUCUAUUCCAUCGACAUCAUCACACACUAUCAGACCUAUCGCAACUCCGCCCAAUAUUGACUUUGCUAAUGUUGUCUCCAUUGUCAGCCCACUGCCCCAACAACUCAUCUCUCAAAAAAACAAAACCGUUGAAGAACAAACAGCAUUCUGA